AUGUCAUUGCGGUACAACGAGUCACUGGUGCAUGGUGAUGAUAAGUUGCCGCAGAUCAGAGCCUCUGAUGUUACCUGUGCCCUUGGGGAUAUUGACCUUGGUAGUGAUCCGCUUGUGGAACUUAAGAAGUGGGUUGUAGGUGUGCUUUCUAAGGUUGUUGGAGCAACUGAGGUCGAGUCAAGAACUGAGGUACUACCCGUAGUGCGAACAGUUAUAUCUGCUCGCAGCAAUGGGAGUGAUGCCACUGCAGUAUUUGAAGAACGGUACAACUCUGUGAGAAGUCAGGGCAUGCGGACGUUAAGUAUCCGGAGCAAAGCGUUAUCGCUUUCACCAGCGACAAAGGAUCUUGCCGGGCUACCGGUGAUCUCAUAUGCACCUCUAGCCAAAAUUUUGUGUUCUGAGGAUACUAUCGAAUUACUCGAUGAAGUUUUCAAAGAUAGAGUACGUGAUCAGGAAUUUUUGUAUUUCACGGACACAUCUAGUCCCAAUAACUCGUUUAAUAAUCUGGGACCGCUCCAAACUAAAGAUGGUACUCAAACUACUUUACCAUACACCCACAAACGCACUGUGUCUAAAGGAAAUACUACUAUUGGAACGCUAUUCACGGCAAUGCAAGGACCUUGUUACCGCCACAACCCAAUGCGAAACAACAAGAGGUGGAGGAACAGAGAGCACAGACACAUAAACAGGAUCAAGCAAUUCUUUAACCGUCAUUUUAAUUUUGGUCAGCUGAAAGAAGUAAACCUAUCAGAAGAACAAUUACCAUGUGAACAUGAAUUUAAAAAGUCAGUACCAUUGAGAUACAGUUUUCUGUGA